AUGCAUCAACAAUUGCAAGGACUCUCGAAGGCUUCAAAAUACCACACCAAGAAAUCACUCGAAUAUAUCAACUGUGAGAGAAUUGAUAAUAUAACGAGCAUGGCAAUACUGGAUCAUGUGCGGGUGGAGAGAUGGACAAAGCCAAGAUGUGGGUUGCUUGUGCUGAAUAAAGCAACCGGCCUCAUUGGCUUCGCUUGCCGACACCGAGGUACUCUCGACUCCAACUCUCUUUUUACUCCACCCCGUCCAUCGAGGCUUCAAUCUGGUCUGCAUCGCCACCCGCCUGCGCGUCGAUUCCAAUUGCUUGUACAUGGAGACUCUCCUCUCGUCUUCCUCUUCAGCAGCGAAUUCGAGGUUUACAUGGGAAGAAGCAUGGCCGCCCUCGAAAAGCGCCUAGUGCGCAAACUAGAUUGUUUCAUCUUAGUGUAUUGCUGCGCCGCCUACUUCUUCAACUAUCUUGACCGUUCUGCCUUUGCAAACGCCUAUGUCGCCGGCCUUAAAGAAUCUCUGAACCUCCAAGGAAAUCAAUACAGCGUCCUCAUUGCCAUGUUUACAGCCGGAUCCUGCGUCGGGCAAAUCCCACACGCUCUCCUGAUCCAGAAAUUCACGCCCCGCUUCUGGCUUCCCUUCACCCUUAUUGUGUGGUCCGGCCUCACUAUGUCGUCGGCGGCAUGCAAGACGUAUGCGCAGCUCUGUGUAGUGAGGUUUUUCCAGGGCUUCUUUGAGUCGAGUUUGUACAGCGGGACGAUCUAUAUCUUGGGGUCCUGGUAUAAACCCUUGGAGAUUGCGAAACGGACUGCGAUUUUUACGGCAAUUGGCCAGAUUGGUAGUAUGUUUGCCGGCAUCAUGAUGACUGCUAUGAAUGAGGGGUUGCAGGGGCGCACGGCGCUGGACGGCUGGCAAUGGGUCUUCAUCAUCAACGGCGCCAUGGGCAUCCCCUUCGGCAUAUUCGGCCUCCUCUUUUUCCCCAACUUGCCCGAAUCGACAGAUCUCCCCUAUCUGAGCAAAGAAGAAAUUCAACUCGCCCUCUCCCGCCUCCCCCCCAAAAACCCGCAAAGCCACUCAAUCAACUUCAAAUCCCUCGCCCGCCGCGUCCUCGCCGAGCCCGAAAUCUACAUCCUCUCCCUCUACUCCGUCGUCGGCUCCGCUCUCGAAGCCAUCGUCCUCCAAGGCCUUUUCCUGCUGUGGAUGAAAUCCCACAAAUCCCAGUUCUCAAACCACGCAACGACGACAUACCCGCUGGGGAUCCAAGCAGUCUCCAUCGUGUCCAACAUCGCAGCAGGGUAUAUCCUCGACAUAACGAACCGCCGCAUCCCCAUGGUAAUACUAUCAGGCGUCCUCCAACUCAUCGUCGCCAUCCUCCUUCUCAUCCCAAACCUCCCUACCCCGGCCGUCUUCUUCGCCUUCUACCUCUCCGGCACCUCGUAUAUUGUCAACCCGAUCCUGUACGGUUGGGCUAGCAUUAUAUGUCAGCGCAACGGCGACGACGCGGCCCGCAGCGUCAUUCUGUACGUCAUGAGCAUGGUUACCGCCGUGCUAUAUACGUUUUGGGGCAUUGUGCUGUAUCCCGCGACCGACGCGCCGUAUUGGCGCAAAGGCUGCAUCGCGAUGAUUGUGGUUGUUUUUGCGUUUUUCGGCGUCACGGUCGCGGUGGAGUGGUUGGAUCGGAGGUCUGUGAGGAGGGUGGCGGAGGUGGAGGAGAGGAGGAGAGCUGGUGAGGGUGGGCAGGGCCAAACCGAGUAUGAGCUUAAGAAGGAUUAG